AUGGCUCCCAAGUUCAUCAACAAGUUGAACAACCAGCGCGUCCUCGUGCUGGGCGGCUCAACUGGUAUUGGCUUCGCCGUGGCAGAAGGCGCCCUUGAACACGGCGCCGAUGUCAUCAUUAGCAGCUCCAAUCAGACCAAGCUUGACAAUGCCGUGAAUCGCCUCAAGAAGCACAUGGAGACCGCCAACCUCCCAGAGCGCCGCGUUUCUGGACACACCUGCGAUCUCUCAGACCCCAAACUGAUUGAUGCAAACAUUUUGCGCCUUUUGGAUUUCGCGACAAAGGACGGGAAGAUUGACCACGUCGUCUACACCGCUGGUGACGCCGUCAAGACCUAUAAUCUUGAGGAGAUCGUUGCUGAGAAUAUUCCAAAACUCGGCAUGGUGCGUGUCACUGGUGCCAUGAUCCUGGCCAAACACCUGGGAAAAUACAUCAACCAGGAGACCAGCAGCUCAUUCACCCUUACCGGCGGGAGCAUGUCUUGGCGCCCAAGCCCCGGGUGGUCUGUCCUUUCUAGUAUAGGCGGCGGCGUCGAGGCUCUUGCCAGAGGACUAGCCAUCGACUUGAAGCCCGUGCGAGUCAAUUGCGCCGUUCCUGGAGCUAUUCACACCGAGUUGUUUGAUACCAUUCCAGAGGAUAUGAUUGACGCGGCGCUGGGGUCAAUGAAGAGGGACACCAUCACGCGCACGGUUGGCACACCGGAGGAGAUGGCUGAGGUGUAUCUCUACUUUAUGAAGAGCACCUUUGCGACUGGCACGAGUGUGGUGGCGGAUGGCGGAAGGUUGGUCGGUGAUAGCAAAGAUGCCAACAUCAUCUUUUGA